AUGGAAGUGGACGCAGAGGACAGGGAAAAUGUUAAAAGACAUAACAGUUUCACAAGUCCGAAUAUUAAAAGAGCCCCCGUGGCUAAACGAGUUGGAAGAGAACGCUGUCACAGUUACCAUGCUCAGACACCAAAAGCAACCAAAAAUUCUGAAAAAUCUCGCAUCGAAGUGCCCAAAAUGUCGUUUAGGGUGGUGCGCAGUUCUAAAUUCCGCCACGUUUACGGGCAGGCCCUGAAACGUGAGCAAUGUUAUGAUAAUAUAAGAGUGUCAAAAAGUUCUUGGGACUCUACUUUCUGUGCGGUGAAUCCUAAGUUUCUGGCUAUAAUCGUCGAGUCCGCCGGCGGAGGCGCCUUCAUAGUACUGCCACACAAUAAGGUCGGGCGUAUACCGGCGGACCACCCAUUAGUGGGCGGGCACAAGGGCCCCGUGCUCGACAUCGCGUGGUGCCCGCACAACGACAAUGUCAUCGCCAGCGGGUCUGAAGAUUGCGUUGUUAAGGUGUGGCAGAUCCCGGACGGCGGGCUGUCGCGCACGCUGACGGAGCCGGUCGUGGACCUCGUGUUCCACCAGCGCCGCGUCGGGCUCGUGCUGUGGCAUCCCACGGCGCAGAACGUACUGCUCACUGCGGGCUCCGAUAACCAGAUAGCGAUAUGGAACGUGGGCACGGGCGAGGUGCUACUGACGCUGGACUGUCACCCAGACCUCAUCUACUCCGCAUGCUGGAACUGGACCGGAUCCAAACUGCUCACCACCUGCCGCGACAAGAAGAUCAGGAUAAUCGACCCCCGUAAAGGCGAGGUGGAGUCGGAGGCGAUAGCUCACGAGGGCAGCAAGGCAUCGCGCGCCAUCUUCCUCAAACAUGGACUCGUAUUCACCACUGGGUUCAGCCGAAUGUCUGAGCGUCAGUACUCGCUGCGCACGCCGGACGCGCUGGGCGAGCCCAUCGUCACGGUGGAGAUCGACACGUCCAACGGGGUCAUGUUCCCGCUCUACGACCCCGACACCAACCUCAUCUACCUCUGCGGGAAGGGAGACUCGGUUAUACGGUAUUUUGAGGUGACGCCCGAGCCGCCAUUCGUCCACUACAUCAACACCUUCCAGACUCCAGACCCGCAAAGAGGUAUCGGCAUGAUGCCGAAGCGAGGAUGCGACGUGGCGACGUGUGAGAUCGCCAAGUUCUACAGGCUUAACAACUCGGGACUCUGUCAGGUGGUAUCAAUGACCGUGCCCCGCAAGUCGGAGUUGUUCCAAGAGGACCUGUACCCGGACACCCUGAGUGACGAGGCCAGUCUCACCGCCGACGAGUGGCUCGCCGGGGAGGAUGCGGAGCCAUGCACCAUGUCGCUGAAGGGAGGCUACGUGGCAGGGCGCUCCGCCCCCCAGCUCACCGUCACCAAGAAGGCCAACGCCCUCGCCGGCGCCAAGGAGAGGGACAAGGACAAGGACCGCUCCCCCACUCCCGCCACCAAGAGGGACGACUCUCACGCCGGUACUCCCGCGUCUGCUACGCCACCGCCCGCUAUUAACGCUGCUGUGGAGAAACAACUAUCAGAUCUCGUCGACGAGAUUCGUAAGCUGAAGUCCGUGAUUGUAAAGCAAGAGAACAGGAUCCGAGCCCUAGAGGCGACAGUGAAGGCGGCGCCGCCCCCGGCCGCCGCGCCCUCGCCGCAGCCCCCGGCCGCCGCCGCGGAGACACACAACCACGAGGACGACGCCAUGGCACCUGACGAGGUCUGA